AUGGUCUCGGACUUCGGCGUUUUCUAUUUUCAGAUGAAUGAUGCGCGUUUUGAUCCGGAUGAUUACCAGUAUGGGCCACGAACCACCGUUGUAUUGGAGCCAAACACCAAAGAGCUGAUAAUUAGUCCUGGUCUUGAAAACCUAUCGGCGAUAUUAAAGACGUGGGAUGGCGCACAUAGAGCGGAAGGAUUUGACCCUUUACCUACCCUUACUAGUAUCGCGGAAAUCAUUGAACAGUCUAUUGAUGACUUUCUCAAACUCGAUCCUGAUCCACUCGAUGAUCGUCAUCCAGCAAGAACUCAUCCGCAUGCUGAAUUUGGAAAUCUUCUGAAGAUGUUAUUUCGCAAUGACGACUUUAUGAAUAAGCUUGUUAUAACCUACUUACUUGGCCGUGACCAUCUGGAACUAAGUAUUGCUGCAGCUCGACUCCUGCUUGACUGCCUUCCUGGGCUGGACGCUAAUGUGGUAUUCUCCGAACCGAGUGACUUCAUCCCCCAGCUUUACGUGUGGGCCAGAGACAGCUCUAGCGAAAUCUUACGGGCUUAUGCAAUUGGACUUCUCGCAGGAGCUCUCGAAGUACAGGGAAAUGCUCAUAAAUAUCGGACCAACAAUAUCGAUUUGAUGCCGGUAGCGUUGCGAAGGCUUGCCGAUUUGAAGGCUCGAAUGCUCGAAGAAAGAUUGCAAGCUGAGCAGGAACAACAAGAUGUCUGCACUGCUCAUGAGCAGAAUGGUAGUUCUCCUGGACCCUUCUCAAAUGUGAAUGGUUUUGACAUGGAAGAUAGCAGCUCUGAUGGGCAAGCCGCAGGAUCUAGUAAUGAAAACACACAACACGGUGAUCUUCCCAAAAAUAUCAACGAUUUGGUCUCGAGUGAAUUAAAUAAACUUCGAGUUCCUUCUCUUCGUGUUCAUCCUCCUGCACCAACUAAAGGAAGUCCCAAGCAUGAUUCGCCUCCAGCAAAGAAACGCAAGAAGAUGUCUAGGGUGUACCCUCUGUCAGUGACGAUGCAUCAACGUUUUAUUUUGCAAUAUCUCAAUCCAACUGGAGAAUACCAAGAUGUGAGUGGCUUUGAGCAUGCCGAACUUGAGAACUUCAUU